AUGAAGUAUGUUUCAAUUACUGUUCAUACCCUCAUUGACGCCAAGGAUUUGUUCAGGUCUGCAUGCGCUUCAGAAGGUGCUCAAAUUGUUAGAGACUCACAUGAGAUUUCAAGUGUAGCAGAUUUCUUUGACAGGUUAAUGGUCAACGGCACAACGUUAUGGAGCAUAUGGUCCGAGUAAAGUAAUCAACUUAGACGGUGAAGAUACGACUGUACACGAACAUUUCGUAGAGACACGUGGAGAGAUGGCACAUUACAGUCGCCAGGUUCGGUUGCGCAGUAACCGUAACCCGUACGUGACUCUUACCGGCUUUAGUGGCAAAAAAGAAGGAUCAAGUUGUCGCACACCGUCACCACACGUGCGACAUUUUGAAAUGAAAACUUUGGUUUACGACUAAAGAGACAACUCAUGCACAUGCACUUCAUGAGCACUUGUGCUGUUUUUUUUUUUAAUCGGUCAUGUGUGUUGUUUUGUUCCCAUCACUGAUUUUUAGUCUAAUUAUUAGUUUGACUCUAUUUUUUUAGUUUUUUUUUCCUUACACGUAGGCACGAAUUUCAUUUAUUAUACUCGAGAUUAAACAAAUUUCAUAUUUACUUAACAUAUAAAAGAUAAAUGAAAAAAUGGUAUUGUUGUAACUAA